CCACUUCUUCUCUUCCUCACCCCCUUUCCCUCCUGAUCACCACCACCUUCUCUUCCUUCUUCCUCAUCAUCAUCAUUUUAAUGAUGGAUAAUUCCAAUAUCAUCAAGUGUUGAUCACGACUACAGUGACACGUAAUCUUCAAAGGAGGUAUAUCAACACGCAUCAUUGAUGAAAAUUAAAUAAAAUGGAGUGUAAGAAAAAGACUAAUACUAAAAAGCCUUGGAUGAUAUUACCAGCUUGUGAGACAUACUUCUACAUAAGUGUACAUAUAUCUGUGGUGGCAUACAUUACAUACUGUGUGUAUAUAGCAUCAAACAAGUAUGGUGCAUUUUUCGGUGGGAUUGACUUUCAAUCUGGAUGGGCUUUCAUUAAGAGAGGCAAGGAUAAUUCUGAUUUUGAGUGGUAUUUUUUCUACAACCUAUUUUGGAGUAUCUAUCCGUCAUUCUUUGCUUACAUAGCCCUGGACUGGAUAGCAUCACGUCAUUUGUCGUUUAUUUACAGAAAAAUGGUGUGUCUUUCGUUUUCUUUGAUACUAUUGAUAUACCUGCUAGGAUGGAAGACAAUGCUAUUACAAGUUGUACAUUGUACUGUAAUGUAUCUAGUCUGUUUACUCCAGUCUAAGUCUUUGGUGUGGAUACUGUCCAUCGCUCUCAUCUCAACGUUAAAUAUACCAACUUGUGUUACAUGGAUGAAUUCAUUGACCCCUGAGGACUCAAGAAGGAACUCAUACUACGCCUUAAUGGCUACAUUAUCGCUUACACAUCUACGUUAUACAAGUUUUUGUCUGGAGCGAGUGGAGUUUUCUUCCUCAAUUAAACAAUAUGUAGUUUGCAAAGCUCCUCUACAGCAAAGCGCUAAAACAAAACAAAACGAAAGUGCCUGUCCUACAAGAAAAACUGACGAAGAAAUGAAACAAAAAGAGGAGGUUCACUUUUCUUUGUUGGAUGCAUUUAGUUAUUGUUUUUACUAUCCUUUGUUUUUCACUGGACCAAUUAUUACCUAUGAUGAUUUUUCAAAACAGAUGAACGAAUCCGAAAAGAAAACUUUAAAAGCAUCGGAACUGAAAUCUAUAGCAUUCCGAGCAAUAAGGGUGAUAUUCUGGACAUUUUUCAUUGAAUUCAUUCUUCAUUUCUUAUAUGUCAAUGCAUUUCAACAUAAUGUGUCUACUCUAGAAAACAUUGACCAAUGGACUUUAUGGGGAAUUGGAUAUUGUCAAAGCCAUUUCUUUAUGAUAAAAUACUGGGUGUUAUUUGGUCUGCCAUCUGUAGUGGCCAGGAUUUGCGGUAUUGUUCCACCAGAAGGACCUAAUUAUGUAGGGCAUAUUUACAAAUACUCUGAUAUGUGGAAGUGCUUUGACAGAGGAAUGUACAAUUUUAUCAAAAGAUAUAUUUAUGUACCUCUUGGAGGCUCAAAAGGAAAUACUUUACAAAGACUAGUGUGUUCAGCAUCCUGUUUUAUAUUUGUAUUCAUUUGGCACGGCACAGAGUACUACAUAUUUAUUUGGACAUUACUUAACUUUAUUGGUAUCUCACUCGAAGUGUUUGGUAAUUGGGUCAAUAAACACACUGCUGUGUUUCACUUUAAAACGUCAAUGCCCGCUGUCUACAGAAGAAUACAGUGCUUUGUUGCAGCGCCGAUAGCUAUCAUGUCAAUCUUAUCUACUUUCUGUUUUGUUGGAGGGAGCAGUAUAGGAAACAUUUAUUAUCAGACAAUUAUUGUAAAAGGUUCGAUGAAGUCGUUGUUAACAAACUUGUUUAUCAUGUACUGUUGUGUUAAUUCAAGUAUGGAAAUCGACAAGUGGUUAGAGAGGAAGCAGAAAAAAGACUAGAAAUAGUUUUCUUAACAAUAGUAUACAGUCGUAGAAAAAUCUGUAAGAACAGGUUCAGUCCAAAAGUGUAUUAUUCGAUGGGUGCCUACAUUUAAAGUACAUUUCGAUAAAAUAAUGUUCAUCAAUUUUGUACAUCAUCUCUUGCAUUAAUAAAUGAUAUCCAAAUUAUUGUC